AUGCCGACGAGCCUAAGAAAGGAAUUAGAGACUGGAGGACUGGCCUAUCCUGAACUAUUACGCAUCAGUUUAGAUGUAGCCUGUGCUCUCAAUUACCUUCAUCUCUUCAAGCCUCAUCCUAUACUACAUAGAGAUGUCAGCAGUGCUAAUGUACUCCUUCAACCAAUGGGAGGUGGACUUGGAGGAUGGAGGGCUAAAGUAUCUGAUUACGGUACAGUUAGUCUCCAACCUCUUGCUAGAACAUGCAAUCCUGGUAAUCCUGUCUAUUCAGCUCCAGAGUCUCCCUACCCAAGGCAGCACUCUCCUUCAAUGGAUGUCUUCAGUUAUGGUGUCCUCCUUAUUGAGAUGGCUCUUUGUGAGUUCCCAGAGGAAGAGAAGAGUCUGAGAGAGGCUCAGAUUAAAGCUAUCAAGAGGCCAACAUUGAAGAACCUCAUUGAACGUUGUCUGAUAGAGAACUACAAACAGCGUCCAACAAUGUCUGACAUUAUAAAAGAACUAAACGAAAGUAUUUAG